AUGCAAAACCAUUUCUAUUUUUGUAUUCCGUUCGCAUAAGGAUUGAUACCCAAUUAACAACCAAGUGUUCCCGAUGAGAUCUACAAUAGCAACGAAACCGAUUGUUGAAUUAGGUCCGACAAGGAAUGGAAAUCAGCCAAACCGCCCUGUGCAGUUCUCGGCCAAGCUACCGAGGAGCUGUCUUCAUACCACACACACACUCUCUCUCCACACACAUACACUCUCUCUCUCCAUGUGUGUGAGCGCUUGCGUGUUUUCACCCUUUCUUUGUUGACACAGUCACAGUGUGUAAAGUGUGGCCUUGACCUGUUAAACUUUCCAUGCCAGGCUUUAUUAGCUACACAAACAACAGCCAGCCAGCCAUCCCAUCUUCAAAGUUUCAACAGAAACCCACUACCCCUCAUUUUAAAAGGCUCCCAAUAUAAACACCCAAUAAAAUCAUAUCCCCCCAACACCCACCCUCUUCCCCCAUUGGACUAAUACCUUCUAUUGAUAUACUCCUAGUCCUGAUAGAAUUCCAACAGCAAAAGCAAUCUCUGCCUACCCCCAUGAUUUCCUCCCCCAUCAAUCUCCCUUGAUCAUCAUUGAUUCCCUCUCUCUCGCUCUCUCCAUCAUACCACGCGGGACCUUCCCAAUCAUGCUUCCACCGAACCCAAUUCUACUCCUAGCCGCAAUCACGGCUUCCUACUUGCUUUUCCGGUUCCUGUACAAAACGUCCGUCCUCCAAAUCGUCAGAAACUGGUGCAGAUUGAUCGCCGACAAAUGCCACGUCCACCAGACCUACAGAAUCCCGCAAUUCAACGAGCACAUGCAGGAGAACCACCUAUACAGGAAAGUCUCCACCUACCUCAACUCGCUCCCGGCCGUCGAGGACUCCGACGGGGCCAACCUCUUCGCCGGUCCGAAGCCGAACGACAUCGUCCCGGUACUCGACGACAACCAGACGCUGAUCGACGCGUUCCUGGGCGCCAGGGUGCACUGGACGAACGAGAGGUCCGAUCGGGACGGAUCGCGGGCGUUGCUUCUAAGGAUCAGGAGGAAGGACAAGCGUCGGAUCCUCCGCCCUUACUUGCAGCACAUUCACGCGACCUUCGAGGAUAUUGACCAGAGGAAAAAGGAGGUGAAGCUUUUCUUGAACGCGGAGGAGCGACCGGAGAGGAACGGACGGUGGAGAUCUGUCCCGUUCACCCAUCCGUCCACGAUCGAAACGGUCGCGAUGGAUUCCGAUGUGAAGAACAAGAUCAAGUCGGACAUGGAGUCCUUUCUCAAGUCGAGGCAGUACUACCACCGCCUGGGCCGCGUCUGGAAGCGGAGUUAUCUACUGUACGGACCUUCCGGCACAGGAAAAUCGAGCUUCGUCGCCGGAAUGGCCAAGUUCCUCUGCUACGACGUGUACGACGUCGACCUAUCGAACGUAUCGGACGACUCCGAUUUAAAGAUGCUGCUGCUGCACACGACGAACAAGUCGUUGAUCGUGAUCGAGGAUCUCGACCGUUACCUGGCCGCGAAACCGACGGCCGUGAGCUUGUCCGGGAUACUCAACUUCAUGGACGGAAUAUUCUCCUGCUGCGGGGAAGAGCGCGUCAUGGUCUUCACGAUGAACGGCAAGGAUCAGAUCGAUCCGACGGUCCUCAGGCCCGGGAGGAUCGACGUACACGUGUACUUCCCCCUGUGUGAUUUCUCCGCUUUCAAGACCCUGGCCAGUAGCCAUUUGGGUCUGAAAGAGCACAAGCUCUUCCCGCAGGUGGAAGAGGUUUUCCAAACCGGGGCGAGUUUGAGCCCGGCCGAGAUCGGGGAGAUCAUGAUCUCGAACCGGACCUCGCCGAGCCGGGCGAUAAAAACGGUUAUCACUGCCUUGCAGAGCAAUAGUGUGGACCGUAGGGGGUCGGGUAACCUCGGGCCGAGACUGACCGAGAGCUCGUCGGGUCGGAGCUACGGAGAGCCCGGCGAGUGCGGGUCGUUCUUUACCCGGGACGGGUCCCAUACGAUGAAGGAGUUUCGGAAGUUGUACGGGCUGUUGAGGAUGAGGAGCGGUAGGAAGAAUUCGGAGGAUUUGGAUUUGAGUGAGAGAGAAAAUUCGCGGCACGAAAUUGAAGUCAAAUGAUUGCGGGCAAGUGGGUCGGGUUUUAGCGGUUUACACUUGGAGCUCCGGAACUUAGGACUCCUUAAAUUUGUUUAGAGGCUACCAAAAUUCAUUUUUAGGCCGUUUCUAUUUCUAAAAUUCCGUGCAGGUCAUUUUGUUUUCUUCUUUUUACUCUUUAUUCGUAAGUAAUACAAUGUCUUAUUGUCCAAAAAUAAUCAUACGUAUCGUGUUUUCAUUAA